CGCGUUNAUAUCUUCUCCGCUCUGAAAUUUUCUGUUCGCGUUUUGGUCAGACAUGUUCUCUUUUGUUUCCAAUCUUCAUCGAUGUUUUGUUCUUUCUAGAUUUCGAGCUAAGCUUUGCAUCGAUUCGUUCUCCUUGUUUUCUCAAUCGCGAUUUCUUCUUCAUUCUCUUGUGCUUUGGUCAAAAGGAUUUUUAGGGUUUGAUUUUGCUUCUACUUGCUUGAUUUGAUCUCUCUUCAAUGGCAUCUAGUCGCUGCAUGAAUACUUCUUGCGGAGCCGCUACGCCGCAUGAUUGGACCAAAGGAUGGCCUCUGGGAUCCGCUGGAUUCGCGCAUCUAUGUCUCAACUGCGGAUCUGCUUAUGAAAAUCUAGUCUUCUGUGAUACGUAUCACUCAGAGGAAACUGGUUGGAGGGAUUGCAGUUUUUGUGGCAAGAGAAUCCAUUGUGGAUGUAUAGCUUCUAAGUCUAUGUUUGAAUAUCUGGAUUAUGGAGGUAUUGGGUGUACUACCUGUGUGAAAAGAUCUCGACUUGAUGUGAUCCGAAGAGAUGAAAUUUCUAAUGGAUUUGAUGCAGUGACAGUUGGAAAUGUUGGCCUUCUGCGACCUGCUUCUGUUGAGGAUCGAGUGGUCCGAAAUGGCAUUAAAGAGGAAAAGCUUUUACAGUUGUGUAACAUCAUGGAGGCUAAUGAAACCGACCAUUUUCAGCAAGCCCAAAGAGUUGACAGAAGUGCAUCUCCAGCGCAAAACAAAGUAGAAAAUCUCAGGAGCCCAUUUGGGGAAGUUGGAACAAGCUUCUUUAAUAUGACUAAACUACCUGUUAAAUGCCAGCCAUCGGUUGGUUCGGUAGCAUACUCCCAACUAGAUACUAGACUAAAAGAUAUGCAGGAAUCUCUUAGUCAGCCAUCGUUAAAUAUAACUUUGGGGGUUCCCUUAGGUACACCAAACUUUGUGGUACCCUUAUCAGGAAGUGCAGCUGAAGAGGAUGAAAAGAGCAUUCUUCCAUUUCAACAGGGCCAAAGAUCUCGUCCAAUUUUUCCUAAGCCCUUAAAAACUGGGACCACAGUUAAUUCAGAAACAAGAAAGGGAAUGACUCCUCUGGUGCGUAUUGCUCGGCCACCUGCUGAAGGUCGGGGUAAGAACCAACUUCUUCCGAGGUACUGGCCAAGGAUUACUGACCAAGAGCUAGAACAAAUAUCUGGAGAUUUGAAUUCUACUAUUGUUCCUCUAUUUGAAAAGGUGUUGAGUGCUAGUGAUGCUGGUCGAAUUGGUCGUUUGGUUCUGCCAAAAGCAUGUGCUGAAGCAUAUUUUCCCCCUAUCUCUCAAUCAGAGGGUCUCCCUGUUAGGAUUCAAGAUGUGAAGGGGAAUGAAUGGACGUUUCAGUUCAGAUUUUGGCCAAACAACAACAGCAGAAUGUAUGUUUUGGAGGGCGUUACCCCUUGCAUACAGUCCAUGCAAUUACAAGCUGGUGAUACUGUUACCUUUAGUCGGAUAGAUCCUGGAGGCCAAUUAGUCAUGGGAUUUCGAAAAGCAACAAAUUCUUCUGAUACACAGGAUGCCAAGAUCUCUACACUUCCUAAUGGCUCUCAUUCGGGUGACGCCUCAUUCUCUGGGGUCUUUCAGAAUUUGCCUUUAAGAGCUGGAGAUAUUAGUUUGCAUAAAAUCGAAAAUUUUGGGGGUAGGAUGACUUCAGGACAACAACCGAUGUCAACCAUGGACAAGAAGGGGACUCGAAACAUUGGGUCUAAAAAUAAGAGGUUGCUCAUGCAUAGUGAAGAUGCUUUGGAGUUAAGACUCACAUGGGAAGAAGCUCAAGAUCUACUCCGGCCUCCACCAAGUGCAAAUCCCACCAUUGUCACAAUCGAUGACCAUGAAUUUGAGGAGUAUGAUGAACCUCCAGUUUUUGGCAAGAGAACUAUAUUCACUGUCCGACCAACGGGGGAACAGAAACAAUGGGCUCAGUGUGAUGAUUGCUCAAAGUGGCGGAAGUUGCCUGUGGAUGUUCUUCUUCCUCCAAAGUGGACUUGUUCAGAUAAUAUUUGGGAUUUGAGCAGGUGUACAUGUUCUGCACCGGAAGAGAUGAACACAAAGGAACAGGAGAAUCUUCUAAGAGCGAGUAAAGAUUUUAAGAAACGUAAAAUCAUGAAGAGCCAGAAGUCUGCGCAAGAACUCGAGCCUUCUGGUUUGGAUGCACUGGCUAGUGCUGCUGUUCUGGGUGAUAGUAUGGCUGACUUGCAGGAAUCAGGUACAACAACUAGGCAUCCUCGACACCGACAAGGAUGCACUUGCAUUGUGUGCAUUCAGCCUCCAAGUGGGAAGGGAAAGCAUAAAUCCACAUGCACAUGCAAUGUCUGCUUGACUGUAAAACGCCGUUUUAAAACGCUCAUGCUUCGCAAGAAGAAACGCCUAUCAGAACGUGAAAUGGAGACUUCACUCAAGGAGGGGAAUUCACAAUUUGAUGAAUCAGGAACCAGUGGGACACUGAGGGGUACAUCUCUGCAAAUAAACCAUUCAGAGAACGAAAGAAGUCAGAUCCGAGUAAAAGAUGAGGAGGCUGCAAAUAGCAGUGGCCAAAUUGACUUGAACUGCCACCCUGACCGGGAGGACAUGCAACUGGAGGUAGCAGGAUUAAGCAUGAUGAGUCUUGUUGAGGCUGCCAGCCAACCUUUAGAUAGUUACUCAAAGCAAAUUGGCGUCUCCAGCGUCACGAGUGAGCAACAUUCCAGUCAACCAAGUAGCGCUGAGAGUGAGAGACCCCUGUCUGAGGAAGGAUGCCAUGGAUCAGCACACGAGAGCACAAGUGAUAGAGGCAGAGGGCCCCAUUGAGAUUUAAACAUUUUUGGGUUUCUUUUUCUUUUAUUUCUUUUACCAUCUCUUUUACUCACCUGGUAUAUAAAUAAUAUAACUGAAACAUAAACGUUCUUUAGUUUAUCAUACAAGUUCAUUGAUUGAUCUCUCAGCCUCACUUCUCGCUCCUAUUAGCAAUGAGGAGUCAUUGUAAUGUAUGUUGUAGCUUCUCAAGUCUACAAGUGAUAUGAAGAACUUGUCUUUGGAUACUUUCAAUUGCAAAAGCUGUUUGCAAGAGUGACAAAAUGCAUAAUAUUGUAAUCUAAAGCUUCUGAGUGAAUGA